AUGGAUUUGCAGGUGAAGACUGAGUCCGAACCCAAGCCCGAUGAUGACGGUGCUGCUUCGCAAGCGCCGCAAGCAGAUGCACCGGCCCCGGCCAUGACACAAACGAUCAAGGAGAAGGUGGAACUGGCCUUCCUGGAGGCCACGAAAGAGGCCCACAUCGGUGACAUGAUGUCCCGGUGGUUCCCCCACACUGUGGACGGCCAAAGCGACUUUGCGAAGGUCAUGCUCAACUACGUGGGGCUUCCCGAAGUGGCCCAGCAUGUGCAGUCCCGCCGGGCAAUCAACCACAUUCCUACAGACUCCAAGACGGACAUGUGGCUUCAUCCUUGGAUGAUUGAUUACUCGCGUCAGUGUAAGUACGGCAUGAGCUCCAAGUACCCGGACAUGUGCACACUACGUGUGCACUUUCUGUCGAUCCUUUCAGCUGGCUUCGAAGCUGCGAGGGAGCCGCUGGACGUGAGGUUUCUUGCGGACAAAGGGAUCAUGCCCUUUGUAGACGGCGUCGAGAUUUUCAGCGUGAAGCUCGUCGACGGCUUUACGAAAUCCCUCUGUGUCCAGGCAAUCUUUGCUCUGAUGCACAAGCUGGAAGUGACUCAAGAGGAUUUGGCCGAGGACGACAGCAUGGCACAGUGUGUGGCAACGCUGAAAUAUCUUAAGGGCAACUUCAAGAGGCACGAUCGCGAGGAAGAGUACUUGUACGAUGCUCUUGCAUUGACCCAGAGGACUGGAGAGAAACAGCAGGCAAGUCCGAUGGAGUUGGUCAGUGUGUUCAGCGAGGCGAUUCGAUUGAAGAAGAGGUCCCUCGGAGCCAAGUCCACUCGCGACCUUCUGAACCUCUGUGUCCAAGAUUACAAUAAGGGGCAGAAGAUCAAGCAGGAGACCAUCAAGGUGAUCUACAAUGUGGUUCGAUGCCCCUUGGUGUUCAAGGAAACCUUGAUGACCAUGUACAGUGACUACCGGCACUUCAAUGCAGGUUGGGGGAUUUGCUGUGAAACUUGCGCUUCCGCAUUAUAG